CACACAUAUAUAUAUUAACAUAGGUUUCAGCAUUGACACUGAGUGUAUUGAGGUGUUUCAAUCUACAUUUUUUCUCUUUCUUUUUUUAUUUUCAACAUGAAGGAUUUAAAACAAAACUUGUCCUUGUCUGAAAGCAUCUACAAUGGAAUGUCAUACUUGCCAACUUUUUGAAAUUUCCAUGCGGGAGAUAACACUUGCUUAGAAUUAAAUACAUAAACAAAAUGUGUGUAUGUAUACUCUAGGGGAAAAAUAACAUGUUUCAGUGGCAUAGUUUGAGCUGUUCCUUCAGGUGAAAUCAUCAGAUCUUAGAAAAUAGGAAUAGUUUAGCAAAUUCACUGGCUGAAAAUGUUCAAUUUUAGGGUCCAAAGUCGGGAUUUCACCUCCAAACGGAGAGUUUUCAAGUAUGAAAUGUAAGGGGAAAAAAAGAUGUUUUUGAUAGAAGCAAAUUAAAUUUCCCUUCCCCAACUAUAAGUGUUGUUAUUCAGAAUAAUUAUAGGCAGGAAAAACCCUGUACACUUUCUUCCUUCAAGAAUUUUUCUCAGCAAAGAGUGACUCUUGAUAUCUGCCAUCAUGUAUAUUUAAGUAUGUAACUGCAGUAUAUACCAGGAACUCUUAGUCUUUAACCUGUUUAGCAAAGACCUAUAAUUAUAACUCUUAGGAACCCAGUGUCAAGCAUUGGUACUGUCUGGAAUGACUUAAUUCUUAUUUGAUUGUUUUUUUUUCAUUAUUUGCCCGAUACAUGUGCCUUUGUUUACACUGUUUUGCAGGCCUAUUAAGUUACAUAUAUUGACACCUUAGUGGCCGGCUAGUGUAGAUUGACUUAGUUUUGGGUAAUAGAAGGUGCUGACAAUAGUGCCAGGUGCUACACUGUUAAAGUGCCAUGUAAGGUGUAUCAAUAAUGAUAAGUUAUGUGUGGCUACAUUUUAUUGUCCAAUGAAUAAUAGAUACACUCUGUAGUGGCUACAUAUACAUGUAUAAAGGGUUCCAGGCCAAUAAGCACAGAAAAAUAGGAUUAGGGUAGGUCUGUCUUUAUCAUAAAUAUGUAGCAGAGUAACAGAAAGGCCCUGUUUACCCAAGGAUCAGCUUGUGUAUGUAAAUUCUUAAGCUUAGUUUAAAGCAUGUGGAUCAACAGGAAAAGAUAAGAUAUGAAGGGAAUUUGGAACUGAGAUUGUGUCGAAGAGACAGGUGACAUUUGUGCUGCAGCAGGGAAGCUCCAUCUGUGCAACCUGCAGCCAUGUCAUGGAAAGGGGCGACCCCUAGCACACAGUUUGGCGCAAACAAUAACACGGGGACAGGCAGCAAUGUCCCAGAUUACCAGAAAAUGCUCCAGCAUCAUAUAUUCUCAACAGGCUGGGGCACAAGUGCAAGCAAGGCUACCUCUGACCGCUACAAUCGUCAUUCAUCCUACCCCACAGUGUCUCCCUCGGGGACUAUCAGUCCCCCACUCGCCACACGGACCCGCCACACGGACAGUCUAGCAACCACAAACUAUAGUGAUCCCAAGAUUUACAACAGUUAUCAGCCAUCCAAGUAUGGCCUCUCCUCUGACAGCCAAUAUGAUGUCUCCUACGUCAACAAGGAGUUUGGGGAACUCAAUGUUGAGAACACGGUGAAUGUUAUAAGUGAUGACACCUUUGAUAAAACUGCUCCGUACGCACCAACAAAGUACGAAUACAAGAGUUAUGACUCAUCAGACCCAUACAAGAAAAGGAGUAAGGCGAAUAGCUAUGUAUCAUCUCGGCCAAGGACUACCGAUUUUGACUUGGAAAGACCAAAUAUUGCAGCAGAUGAUACCGAUUGGUCCUCUCCAACGAAGCGAACAUCAUUGGAUGUACCGCAACAUUUGUUUAUGACCCCGGCCCGUAGUCGGUCAUCUGUCACUGAAGCAGUUGACUAUGGCCGGGUGGAAAGACCUGCCAGACAGACUGGAACAACAAAAUCUGCAAUUGAUGAUCUAUACCAAAACAAACAUUAUGUUGAGAACGGAGAUGCCCAUGUGACGGAAAGACCACCCCGUACCAGGGGGAGAGACUCUUCAGGGCGGCGUCCAGUUUCAGUAGGGGCAGUGUCCAGUGACUUAACCAAUUGGCAGAAACACCACCAAGAUCAACUUGUGCAUCAACAGAUAGAGAAAGAGGGUGGAUUUGGAAAAACUGGUGGUCAAGGAUUUGAUCGAUUGUUUAAUCACAUCUCUAAUGGUGAGGAAAACUCAGAGAAGUGGAACUCUGUCAAGCAUGCAGCCGACGCCGUCAUAUCAGAAAAGGAUAUGUACAUAAACAAACUGAAGAUGCAGAAUAUGCAGUUGGAGGAAGAUAACAAACAGUACGAGGCCAAACUUCGGCGUGCACUGAUGAGUGAAUCUGACCAGGGCAAUGAAGCUUAUUCACAGAUUAAGGAUCUGGAGAUGAAGAACGUUACUAUGAAGUCAGAUAUGUCUGAGUUGAGGUCUAGAAACAAGGUGGAACUGGAGGAGCUCGAAAUCAAAUUGGGUGCUGCUGAACAUGAAGUGAUGCAGCUGAGGACAGCACUCAGAAAACGAGUGCCAGAAUUCCAAGAUGAUCUACACUCAAAGAUUGACCAAUUGGAAGAUGAGAAGGAGGAAUGGAAGAUGAAGUUCCUGGAGGUGAAGGACAGCCACCACAGUCUGAAGCAGAAACAGGAGGAGCUACAGCGCUACCUGACCGGCCUACCAACACUAGAGGAGGCAGCUAGGCAGGAUGACGAGAUUAGAGCUUACAGUGAAGACAACAAGCUUCAGAAAGAGCGCAUUGAAGAACUCCAGCAGGAACUGUUUGACACGCGCAAAAACCUGUCCUCUCGCGACCUCCAAAUAGAGGAGAUGGAGAACAAGGGGAAACAACUUGGGGAGAAAUUGUCAAUUCUCACUGAUGAAAUAGAUCGCUUCAAGUCUAUUGGCCAGGGGGCAGCACUGAGACUAAGGGAGGAGGAGUUACAGAAACUACAGGAGGAGAAUGACCGGUUUUCUACUGAUCUGGACAAGGCAAAGAAGUUAUUGGAGACAUGCCAUCGAAAGAUUCGUCAUCAGGAUGUGAAGCACCAGAACAGUGUGAAAUCAAUGGAGGAGAGACUGUGCCAGGAGGAGGAGAUGGUGAACGCUCUGAGGGAGGAGGGGCGUCUCAGGGACGAACAGGGCAGCAAGAUCAAGGCAACACUCAAACAGCUGCAGAGCCAAAACCAAGAAUUACUGGACCAGAACCUGACAAUGAGGGAGCACAUCAAACACCUAGAGCAGCAGCACAGUGAUGACAACCAGCGACUUCAGAGACAGUUCACCACCGAGCUUGGUAUCUGUUUCUCUGAGCUUCAGGCUCUUGUGCAGAUCUGUGUGCAACGGGCUGAAGGGCAGGACCCUAACAUGUCCGACCUCCUAGGGGUCAGAGCUGAUGUGGAGACAGCAGCCACUGGUGGUCCACAGGUAGAGGCCCAGACCAUGAAACAUUGGCUGUCCAAGACACGAGAGCUCCGCACCGAAAUAGAGCAGUUACGAGUGAUGAUCUGUAACAAAUACGCGGAGGACAUAGGGGACAAUCUCAACUGUACAACACAAUAAUGUCUUCAACUGUAAACUUAGGACCUCAACUGUAUAUAAUUGCAUCACUGACCUCAAAUGUAUGAUAUUCAAUGACAUGACCUCAAAUGUGGCAAUAUUACGUGAUACAAGGACUAACUGUCUCAUGUCUUCCUGUGAUUUAUAGUACCAGGAAUGUUAUAUAAACCAAGUUUAUAUGCCUGCAGUUGAACCAGGCAUAAGGAUCAAACCAUGUUAACCUAGAAUCUGAUAUCAGUCUGGAAACUGAUUUCCAGAUAUUUAAAGGAACGGAUUUACAUAUAUAAAGGACAAUUCAUCUUGUAUUUAUUCAGAAAAUUUAUUGUUUUGGAAUUUUUUUCCCCAAGAUUUAAUAUAAUUAGAUUUACAAUAUUCCUCUGUAUUCAUGUUUUGUGACGGAGCAUUAUCUUAAAGUUUCCUUUUUAGCACAAACUUUGUAAAAUAAGUACCAAAGAAAAGAGAUUGUCAAGGGCUAUUUAAGGAAUGUAUGAGGGACAGGUACACACAUAUAAUUGACAUCUGUUAGUACACAUGUACAUGUAUCUUAAGAAUAAGAAGUAUAGCUGUACACGUAAUAAUUUUGCUGGGUCAAACUUUCACCUUGUUAUACAAAGACCAUGUUUGAAGUACCACUUGAAUCUCACUACACUGUGAACUACUUUUGGUUUAACUAUAAUUUUUGUAUUCAACAUUGGCAAAUAGUUGGUAAAAUGUGAAUUUGAUGUUUGUGUUCUGAUUUUGGAGAAAAUGACCCAUACAUCACCACUCUUUCACAGUAAAUGUAUAACCGCUAUACAGAACUUGUAAAUUACUAUAUUAUGAAAGGCUGUGAAAAGUGUUUGAAAGCAUUGUAACAUUUCUAUAUUGCAGUAUGAAAACUGAAGUAUUUUAGCGGUAUGAUUUUCUAGUCAUGGAUUGCAUAUAAGCCAGUAAGGAAUUAAACUUAGCUUAGAACUAGAAUUUAGACAAAAGCAUAUACAAGUACUAGAAAGCGUCAUAAAUACAAAAUAUUGUAGUUGUGUUUUGGAUAUAAUCCUACUUGAGAUAAAUGUGUUUAUGCUGUUUGCUUUGAUUUACAGUCUUAAGUAUUAAUUGAAUUUGAACCUAAAGCUAUCAAAAUUUGCACUGAAAUUUCUUCCGUUUGUCAAAAAAA